GGGCAGGCUCAGACGUGGCAGUUGGAUUAAGAGGACCCGAUACUUGGAAUGAGAAUAUUGCCAUCAUGAGUCAACAAGGUUAUGUUGCAGCACCUCCAUAUUCCCAAUCCCAGCCAGGAAUAGGGGGUUUUUCUGCAGGUUUUGGACCACCUAAUUCUUCACUUCAUUAUGGGCAUUAUGGGGACCCUAACUCCUCAUACGCAGCACCUCAACCAGGUGUGUCAAAAUCGUCUGUGCCUUUUGGAUCUUUGGUUCCUGUUGGGCCUCCACCACCUGGUACACAUCAAUUCAGCCAGACCAACUUCCAGAAUGGGCCCAGUACACCAGGGCAACAGCCACAUAGGUUUCAAGGCCCUCCACCUCCAAGCAAUACAGGACCUUCCUAUCCUCCCUACAGUCAUCAGACACAACCAGCCUGCCCAAAUACUACAUCCACUUCAUCUACAAUACAACUUGCUAACCAGCUCAACAGCAUGCAGAUAAAUAGCUAUGGUCCUGGCAUUACUCCGAGCACUCGCAUGUCUUCUGGGCAUCCGGCAUCUUUUCAGGGUCCACAGCUACCACCACCAACCCAGCAGCAAGUCGCUAUACCACCUGGAUCACAGCUUCCUCCACCAGCAAAUAAUGUUAAUGGCCUUUGUGCUCAGCCAUCGUUGCCUCCUAUGGCCAGACAAGAUGGAAUCCCUGGGCCUGUCCCCCCAAAUCCUAACUUGCAGCAGCUUUCAGGACAGCCUCCAGGGCCUGGAUAUCAUCCUCAGCAAGCAAGCUAUGGUCCUCAGAUGGCAGGAUCUCAACUGUCUUAUCCUGGUGCUUUUCCUGGGGGUCCGGCACAGCUCCCAGGUCCACAGCAGAAGAAGCUUGAUCCUGACUCUAUUCCAAGCCCAAUUCAAGUAAUUGAAAAUGAUAAGGCUUCUAGGGGAGGGCAGAUCUAUGCUACAAACACAAGAGGACAGGUUCCUCCUCUUGUCACCACAGACUGCGUAAUCCAAGACCAAGGCCACGCCAGCCCUCGUUAUAUCCGAUGUACUACCUACUGCUUCCCGUCGUCUUCAGAUAUGGCCAAACAGGCUCGCAUUCCACUGGCAGCUGUCAUCCAGCCUUUUGCUAUUGUUCCACCGAAUGAGACACCUCUUUAUGUUGUAAACCAUGGUGAGACUGGACCAAUCCGAUGCAACCGGUGCAAAGCUUAUAUGUGUCCUUUCAUGCAGUUUAUUGAAGGUGGAAGAAGAUACCAGUGUGGAUUUUGCAAUUGUAUAAAUGAUGUCCCUCCAUUCUUCUUUCAACAUCUGGACCACAUUGGCCGACGGGUAGACCACUAUGAAAGGCCUGAGCUAUCUCUGGGAUCUUAUGAAUAUGUUGCUACUUUGGAUUAUUGCCGAAACAACAAGCCUCCAAAGCCACCAGCUUAUAUCUUCAUGAUUGAUGUAUCGUACAGAAACAUAAACAGUGGCCUAGUUAAACUCAUAUGUGAUGAACUGAAGACUCUGCUAGAUAAACUUCCAAGAGAAGAGCAAGAAGAAUCCUCAGCAAUUCGAGUUGGUUUUGUCACUUAUAACAAGGUCCUCCACUUUUUUAAUGUAAAAAGCAGCUUAGCUCAGCCUCAGAUGAUGGUGGUCUCAGAUGUUGGAGAAGUUUUUGUUCCUUUGCUGGAUGGCUUCCUUGUUAACUUUCAGGAAUCACGAUCUGUUGUUACCAACUUGUUGGACCAGAUUCCAGAGAUGUUUGCAGACACUAACGAGAGUGAGACCAUCUUCGCUCCUGUUAUCCAGGCUGGCAUGGAGGCGCUAAAGGCUGCAGAAUGUGCUGGAAAACUGUUUAUUUUCCAUUCAUCAUUGCCAACUGCGGAAGCACCAGGGAAGCUGAGAAACAGAGAUGACAAAAAACUACUCAAUACAGAUAAAGAAAAGACGCUUUUCCAGCCCCAGGCAAAUUCUUACGAGGCCUUAGCCAGGGACUGUGUGGCUAAUGGCUGCUGCGUGAAUUUGUUCCUCUUCCCAAAUCAGUAUGUGGACGUAGCCUCUAUGGGUCUCAUCACAAUGUACACUGGAGGAACAUUGUACAAGUACAACAAUUUCCAGCUCAAUGCUGACAGUCCCCAGUUCUUAAGUGACCUCAGGAAGGACAUAGAAAAAAAGACCGGAUUUGAUGCAAUAAUGAGGGUUCGGACGAGUACAGGCUUCAGGGCUACUGACUUCUUUGGUGCUAUUUACAUGAACAACACCACAGAUGUAGAGAUGGCAGCAGUUGACUGUGACAAGGCAGUGACAGUGGAGUUCAAACAUGAUGACAAACUGAAUGAAGACAGUGGAGCCCUAAUUCAGUGUGCGGUCCUCUACACAUCAAUAAGUGGGCAAAGAAGACUUCGCAUACACAAUAUAGGUUUAAAUUGUAGUUCCCAGUUAGCUGAUGUCUACAAAACUUGUGAGACAGAUGCACUUAUCAACUUCUUCGCUAAGUCAGCUUUUAAAGCCAUUCUAAGCCAACCACUGAAGAUGGUCAGAGAGAUCCUGGUGAAUCAGACAGCUCACAUGCUGGCCUGUUACAGGAAGAAUUGUGCCAGCCCGUCGGCAGUAAGCCAGCUCAUCCUUCCAGAUGCAAUGAAGGUGCUGCCAGUGUACAUGAACUGUCUGUUGAAGAGCUGUGUGCUAGUUGGCAGACCAGAAAUUCCAACUGAUGAGAGAGCUUACCACCGACAGCUGGUCAUGUCUAUGGGGGUAGCUGACACACAGUUGUUUUUGUAUCCCCAGCUUCUGCCAAUUCACAGCCUGGAUCUGAAGAGUGACACCGUCCCAGCUGCUGUCCGCUGCUCUGAGGAACGUCUCUCAGAAGGAGGGGCCUUCCUUCUGGCCAAUGGUCUGAGUAUGUUCCUAUGGCUGGGAGUCAGCACGCCCCCAGAGCUCAUCCAAGGGCUUUUCAACGUGCCAUCCUUUGCACACAUCAGCACCGAGGCUACAUCACUGCCUGACCUGGACAAUCCGUUUUCUAAGAAACUUAAGUCAAUACUGGAGCGUAUCCAGAGCCAAAAGCCCUACACUAUGAAGCUGAUUAUAGUGAAACAACGGGAGCAGCCAGAGGUGCUUUUCCGACAGUUCCUGGUAGAAGACAAGAGUAUUUACGGAGGAGCUUCUUACGUGGAUUUCUUAUGCUGUGUUCACAAAGAGAUCUGCCAGCUGCUCAGUUAAGGAAACUCAAAGAAUGCUUUGUCAGUUUCUUUUUGAUUUUGCAAGAGGGACAGUCAUUGGUGCCUGAAGGCUGGCCCACAGCUCCACCAUACCUGGGCAUUCUGCUGUGCUUUAGUGAACCUUUUCUGUGCUCUUUUUGUACAGUUUCAUUUCACACCAACUCUCACUGUGUAUUUAGUUUACUUAUUAAGCUGUAGAAUAGGAAGUUCUGCACUCAGGUAUUAAUCUUCUGGGAGUCCUGACUCUUUCUCUAAGUAAAUGAAGUGCCAGAUUUCAAACUGUCAACGCUUAAGAGCAUAUGGGAUGCAUUUAUUAAAAUAUAAUUUAGAAAACUCUUAAUUAUUCCUUUUGCUAGUCAUAAGUUGUACAAGUACCAGGAAAGAUGCUAAAAAUCUAUACUGAAGAGGAAAAAAAAAAAAUAGAAAACACUGCUUUUUCUAAGUAAGGGCAUACAGUUGAAUCAGAUUUGCAAUAAUCGUGUAGUUCAAUUUGAGUACUUCAAAGUUCUUCAUGUAAAGCUAACCUCUAAAAAAUAAUCCCUUUUUUCCUGGAAGGGACAAGCAUUACUUCCUACAGCAACAGAGCCCUAGGUAACCAGGACACAAAAAUGCCUCUGUUUAUAACUGGACUUGACUCAAGUUUAACAACAACAGACCACAGGAAGAACAGUAACCAAACAAUCCUGUUGCUAAGUUUGGCAGAUAAUGCCACACUAUUAUGGUACAACUCUCUAGUCUUAAGGGCAGCAAUUAAUUUAGCAUACUAUUUAAUUACAUUUUCAAAAUUGAACACGUUAGGUUUUAUUUAGUGCAUUUGCUAACUGGAAUGUCCAAUAAAACUUUGAUAAAUAAACAUCUGUCCCUCAAAGUUUCAGUGGCAGGUCAACUGUAAGACAGUUGACACAUUAACCAAAGGUUAUUUGUGGUGCUAUAAAAAGAAAGCCUCUUGUUUAAUACCAGUUCUAUUACAGUGACCUCCUCUCACAUGACUGGUCUAUUCCACAGUCACCGCUUUGAAAAAUAAGCCUCUGCUAGUAUCAAUAUUUAAGGUAGAAUUUAGAAAGCCAGCAUCUUUGGAAGAGCUGUUUACCUCAGAUACUUCAUCAGUUUGUAUCUUUAGGACCAACACCUCUGCAUGUGAGGUUUGAACUUUUCCAAACUUGAAAAGCUAUUGUUACAAAAAUCAGUGUUUCAAAGAAAGCAAAAACCCCUCAAAAGUAAGGAUAAGAGUUGAGACUCAAAAAAAAAAGUGCCUUUAAACAUGUUAGUGUCAUUACUUAGUGUUAAUCAUUUUAAUACCCAAGAUAAGCAGUCAAGAUGCAUAUUUUUUUUCAUAGCUUUAUCAAAACAGUUGUAUCCUUGAGCAUUGGCUGAGAGCUCUUAAAGAAGUAAGUGGCUAUCUAUCUUACAAAAGGAUCCUUGGACUGAAUUCAAGCACUUUUUAGCUGAAGACUUUACCCUGUAAAAAGUAUUUGUUGCCAUUCCAAAUCAGUGUACUUUGUAAAAUGACACCAGCAACUCUAUGUGUAAAGAAAUAAGCAGUUAUUAAAUAUAAUCAUCAUGUGUGUGUUUACUCUUUCAUACACUAAGGUCUCAAAGUUUUUUAUGCUAUCAGCCUCUGCCAAAAGCUAUCCAACACCUCUUAAACGCUAGCACCUAAAACUAGUAGCCCAGGUCACUACAGAGGGGUGUUUAGGGCAACUAGCAACAGAAACUGGCUUCAAGGUUCAUGCAGUGCCUUUCCCUGUAAGCACAGCAAGACAAUGCAGAAGGUUUGUUGCACCGACUUCAGGAGCCAGGGAAUACGGCAAAGUAAAAUUAGCAACAAUAAUUCCUACACAGCAUAAACACCACCAUCAGUCAAGACCACUGUAGGUCACCUUCUCCUACACCGACUGUAAAGACAGGCAAGCUUAUCUGGCACUACAGAAUUUGCAGUGUGUUACUGCUGUUAGCAUCACCCCCCUGUUACAGCGAGGAAAGUUGCUCAAACUAGGUCUCAAAUGUGCCAGAACAGCCUGGCAGGUAAACUGUUUUAGAAAAAUGACUUACCAAAUGAGUCAGGAAAUGGGAAGACACAGCCAUUCUUACAUAGUAAGGCAGUGUAAUUAGGGAAACGUUUGUGCUCAGCUGCUGAACAAAGUUCACAGCAACUGCAAUGAAUGAGAGUUUCCCUGUAGAGGUAGGAAGCUGGUGAGCUGCUCGCCAGACAGCUCCUGCCUCAGCCACACUUGCUCAGCGCCUGUUUCCUUACCGUAUUCCAUGGAGUCUGCUGAUGGCCGAAAGAGCAUGUCUGCACCGCAACCACAUGCAUCUUCUACUUGGCCAGUUCAGGCCAUGCAAGCAACACUGAUCAACUGCUUUAGGGCAGCAUGUCACACCUACAGUUCUGGAGGAAGGUGUACAUGUCACUUACUUACUUACCUGUGCGCUGGCAAAGCCUACAGAGAGCCAGGACUUCAGGCACUGAGGUGCUAUUCAGAACAAAGCUGCAGUAAGACAAAGCUAUUUAUACUGGCAUAGCUAAUUUGUCAGAGCUCUGGCCUUUCACACAGAGUUAAUUCUACCUGCAUUAAGGCAUCAUAAUGGCUAAACUAGCACCAAGAUACACAUUGAUACAACAGCUCUUCCAGCAAUCAUAGACGUUAUAGCACAGACAUAUUGCAAGUGCAGUUCUUGUCUCCGGCACAAACAGCAGGACUGUAAUACUCAACUCAGAUUCACAGGAGUUAGGCCCUUUUUUUUUCCUUUUUAAUUGCUACAAUAAUUAUACUCAAUGUGUUUCACCAUACAACUUAACUACUCCUUGCUUUCUCAACCUGUUACAAAAAGGAUUAGCAAGCUUUCCUCCAUGUUAUUAAGUUGACCUUCCUCCCAUUACACUGGGCAAUUUCUACUAUAGCAAUAAAGUUGCCACCAACUUCUUUACCAAUUUUGGCAGGAUAAAUCAUUUUUUGUACUACAAACAGAAACAGUGGGUCUCAUUAUCUAUCACUUUUAGUUAAAUGUAUCCUUAAAAAGCCACAUUCAAGAAACAAGAGUUAUAGAUGUUUUCAAUGUAAUGGCCUUGAAGUGUUAAUUUAUUCUUUUCUAGAGUGCAUUCUGGGUAUUUCUAUCCCCUGCCAAAGAUUUUAAAACAUCUGAGUAUUCUAAAAUUAAUCCCGAGACUUACUGCCAUUGUCAGAUCAAAAUUGUGUUUUAGUUUGCAGCCUAAAUCCCACUCCACUGAACAAAGCAUUUGGUAUCUAUGAACAUACGCCAUGAGCCUGUGUUCAUCAUACUGUGCUGGGGAAGAACCCCAAAACCCCCAAGAGCAUUGCCCACUAACCCACACAGCACAUCCAGAAUUUCAACCAACUUCUGGUAACCAGCAGCAUCAGAAGGUAGAAAGAAUUCUCAAACUGACAACUGGAUUUACAGUUGACUGAUGUCUUAAAACCCCUUUGAAGCUAAAUGCUGACAUCCCAAGUAUCUUGUUGAUGCAACUGUCGAAUCCUUCACUCACUCAAUUCAGGUGGAGUGCAAGAUACUAUGAGCCUCUUCCAGAAUGGAAAGACAUGAUGAGAUCUAGACAGGCACCCCAAAUCAGAUUGGUGGCAUUAGGCAUUCAGUAAAAUUGGCAAGUAAGAAACUUGUUUGUUUGUUAGGCUUUUUAUCAUCAAGGAUAGCAUGCUCAAAUUAAGUCUUACUUACUUGCGGUAAAUGAAAUACUCAUCAGUUCACUGAUGAUGAGUGCUAUCCUCCUCCUUCUGUUAAAGCAUUACAACUGAGAAAUUAACUGACAACCGGUAAUGAAAUUAAAAGCUUUUCAUCUCUAGACACCACUUUAGAUACAGUCCAAAUCAACAGUGAUUAAAAAGAUGACCAGAUGUUUUUUCUAUAUAACCGGGGGGGGGGGAUAGCAUCUCACUACCAUGUUUUCUAAGUAUCAUCUCCACAACCGCAAGUACGCGCCUUUGGGUACGCACACCCACGCACUACUGUCUUACCUUUACAGGCAAUCGAUCUGAAACACCACCUUCAGAUUAGGACCAGCAGGUGUCUGUCUUCACAGAGCAUAGGUAACUGUCUGUCAACCUCAAUUAAAAAAAGUAAGGUCAGUUGCUUGUCAACGACACCUACACUACACUUCUCUGGUGAGUUGGCCCAUCCAGACAGAUCUAAUCUAACACUCUGUGGAGCAAUAUUCUUUUUUCCUUAGCUAUUUCAGCUUUGAGGGGCAAAAACAAGAAACUAACUCUGCAUGCUCAAGAGGGAUUUAUAUGGUAGAGGUUUUUUUUCUUUUUACGAGACCACAUGCAAUUAAUUUCCCAAGUCACUGAAGUCUUGAUCAGCACCCCAACUUCUGCAAACUGGCACAGAUGCCCAUCUCAACUGGUUAUUUUUGAGUCUCCUCUUCAGUGUGGCCUAAUCUUCUACAUUAAGAGUAGGCUAAGCACUGAACUGUAUCAGCUGUGGGCAUACAAUUAAAAGGGGGAAAUGCAAAUUAACAUUUUCUACUAAUUGAG